UAGAAAUCCAGAAACAAUCUACCAAAUAUAUGCCUCCAGUACACCCAGGGGGUUCAUUAGACUAAUUAAUUAAUAGUGGCUAAUGAAUGCUUUGAAAUCCUUUUAUUAGAGGGGCCACCUGAAUUCAAAGUACUAUCAUAAUCAGGCCUAAUGAGGUCAGUGGUUUAAAGAGAGGGUUUUGGUCCCUAUAUAAACUCCCCCAGCGGGGGCUGGUACAGGAUGGAGCUCAGCAGACGCAGGUGCGUCUCAGGCUGGCGUUUAGAAGCUUCCUCCGCAGGUAGAGCUACACCAAGGUCAGCCCGCAUCGAAGCCAGGUCCACAGUGGUCUGCCAACGAGUGGAUUCUCACGCGAUAACCCUAUGCUGCAGGACCACGGCCUCCGCUUUGUAGAAGGGUGCUGCUGAGAACGGAAGACCUUCUCAAACCGAGGGGUAGACUUUCUCCCUCUCGGGUCACAAGCCAGGUCCUGCAGAAUAAGAGUGGGCACGAUGCUAUCAGCUGCCGUGCUUUGGGGACUUUUUGCCCUCAUCGGCACUGCUAAGGGUUUGUACCCUUUUAUUCACUUGGUAAACCCUACACUCCCUCCUCGCCUGUACCACGGAUGCUACGGGGACAUCAUGACCAUAGAAACCUCUGGAGCCCCCUGUGAUGGAAACAUGGUGAUUAACUGCGGGAUCCGUGGUUCUGAAAUGUUUGCCGAGAUGGAUUUGAGAGCCAUAAGGUCUUACAAGACUCUGAUCAAAGAAGUUGGGCAGAGGCACUGCGUGGACCCAGCGCUCAUCGCCGCCGUCAUCUCCAGAGAAAGCCACGGUGGAGCGAUCCUGCGUGAUGGCUGGGACCACACAGGACUUAAAUUUGGCUUGAUGCAGCUUGAUAAAAAAACAUAUCAUCCUGUUGGUUCCUGGGACAGCAAAGAACACCUAAUGCAGGCUGUCGGGAUUCUAGUGGACAGAAUUCAGGCCAUCCAGAGAAAAUUCCCCACGUGGAGCGCAGCUCAGCACCUCAAAGGUGGUCUCUCAGCCUUUAAGUCAGGAAUUGAAACCAUUGUCACCCCUUCGGACGUAGAAACUGACCUCGUCAAUGAUCUUCUUGCCCGAGCUAAAUUCUAUAAAAGACAUGGCUUCUAGGAAGAGUGUGUGGAUGGCCAGGCUGGCAGGGCGUCCAGACGUUCUCUUCCCAGGAUGGACCAACACAGCACAGGAAUGGCUGCAAUUAUGACAGAAAAUUCAUUUCCCGAUAUUCUUACUGAAAAUAGCGUUAGAAAAAGAAAGAAAGAAAGUGCACCCAAUUCACAACACAGCAUCCACAAAAUGUAGGUAGACACACAUAUGUUUUGUAGUAAAUGUGAAUAUCGUGAUAACUGAAGUUUGCAUUUCCCAGUUAGGGCUCAUUUUAGUCCAUGAUUUCAAUCCAACCUGCUUCCUAUCUUACCAGAAUUGCUAACGAGAAGUUAAGGAAGCUUGACGUGAGCCUUUGAGCUUUCCCGGUGCUUGUGAGAAGCAGCUAGGGAUGGAAUUCUGGCUCCACGAGUAGCUAAGAGCCGACUGUGGGAAAGCUGACCUUCCUCAAACAAUGGACACGACAUCCCCCAGGCCCAUGCCACCCUCCGGUGUCGUCGUCUUGUUGGCUGAGGAUCCAGGGCCUGGCUUCCUUUCUGCUGCUUUCAGUAGCUACUGCCACAUGCCCUGGCCCCAGAGAGACCCCCCCCCACCCCCCAGAACCAGACUGAAGAUAAGCAUGUGGGAUCUGAAUUAGUUACUAUUCUUUGGUUGCAAGCAAAAGUUACCAAUUCUGGAAAAUGUAAGCCAAGAAAGGAAAUUACAGGAAGGCUAUGAAAAGGCUCACAGAGCCAACGGGAAGGUCACGGACAUGAAUGGGAACUUGGCAACUCUGGGGGUUGGGGUAGCAGGAACUGGUUGGCUCAACCAUAUAGAAUUCCCACUGCAUGAAUGAAUUAGCUCCCUCACUGUAUAAAUGGGAUCCCCCCAUCUCUGUGUCACUCUAUUCCUGACCUGGUCCUAGGAGAGAGAAUCUGAUUGGCUUAUCUUAGGUCUCCCACCCCUUGGCUACUCUGCUUUUCGAUCUUGCCCAGACUACCCACAAUGGAGAAGAGGCAAUUCUCUAGAACGACAACAGGUAGUGUUUGCAGCUUUUAUUUCUACAGUCAGGAGAGGACACAAAUGAUAAUCUUUGUAGUGUAACACUCACAGAGUCCCUAUAGACAUGGCCCCUGCUGUGUCUUUAGCCCCCACUUCCUUCUGAGAUGGUUAAUAAAUGCUUC